CUGCUCCGCUUUGGCUUCCAGAAAUCCUUGAGUGCCGAAGGGACUAGACUGCUUUUCACGGGACAAAACUGGACAAAGUCAAUUACAAGUGCAUCCAGGGAGGGUGAGUUUAGACAAUAUUAGAAUUCCCACAUGAGCAAGUUCCUGAAGAAGAAGAAUCCUGAAGAAUCUCUAACACUAGAUAGCUCCAAAAAAAUAGCGGGAAGAUUUGGACGAGUGGAUCGGGCUCCCUGCAGCCAAGUGACCUCACCAAGAAGUAAAAAGUCCAAACGUAAACUUCCGUCCGGGCAGACAAGCAGCACCCAGCAGCUUCAGUUCUCAGAAGAUGGAAGCCGACGGAGCAGGAGACUUGAAUCCCAGAAACGCGGUCUGGAAACCAUGAAGACUCUAGUUUUCAUUUUGUGCUUCAUAGGAGCAGCAACUUCAACACUGGCAACUUCAAGGAACACAGCUGAGGAUUCCCAGCCGACCGCUGGCUCCCUGAGUUCAGUUCAGAGUGCUCAGACCACCUCUGCAGCCGACAGAGUGGAGGUCACACCUUUGGAUGGCGAAGAUUCAGAAGAUGAACCUUCAUUGGGAGAAUCGAGAGAGGAGUUGGGGAAUCACACCACUAGCCUAACUUUGGCUGAAGGAACCGCUACUGAAAAGUCCAAAGUUGAAAAGCUGGGCAGUGACCAACCUCCAGGCUCGAGUGAUGAUUUGAAAUCAUUUGAGGACAGCGGUAUCAAACCCAAGGACCCCCAGGAUGUCUUGAGUGUGAACCUGGAAUCUGGGCCAAGCAAGAGUGGCCUCGCUAGCCCCCAGAGUAAGAAUCAAGGUGGAGAGCAGCCCAAAGAAGCAGAUGUACCUGAGGGGUAUUCUGGCAAGAAGCAGAAUUCCACAGAAAUUCCAGAAGAACUCAAUCAAUCACUUGGGAUAAGCGAGGGGCAGGACAAGGAAUAUUCCCAAGUAGAUACCAGAAAGGAGGAAACCAAAGAGCUCAUUGAGUCUGCUGACAGGCAAAACCAAGAGGACAAGGUAAAGGCUUCGGAGAACUCACCUCCCAAGGAUGACAGUUCGAGCAUUAAUUGGAAGCAGCUAAGUGUUGAUCCGUGCCUGAACUUUCAAUGCAAAAGAGGGAAAGUCUGUGAGAUUGAUGUGCAUGGAGAGCCCCGCUGUGUGUGCCAAGACCCAGCCACCUGCCCUCCAGCUAAACUUCUUGAUCAAGUUUGCGGCAAUGACAAUCAUACCUAUGACAGCACCUGUCACCUGUUUGGGAUGAAAUGCGGUCUUGAAGGAACCAAAAAGGGGCAGCACCUGCAGUUGGAUUACGUGGGCGCCUGCAAAUACAUCCCUCCGUGCACAGAGUUUGAGGCCAGCCAGUUCCCGCUGCGAAUGAGAGAUUGGCUCAAGAAUAUCCUCAUGCAACUGUAUGAACACGGCUCUGACAGUUCCGGAUACCUAACCGAGAAGCAGAGGAGUAAAGUGAGGAAAAUCUACCUGGAUGAAAAGCGACUCCAGAGCGGGGACCAUCCGAUUGACCUUCUGCUCAGGGACUUUAAGAAGAACUACCACAUGUAUGUGUAUCCUGUGCACUGGCAGUUCAGGGAGCUGGACCAGCACCCGACAGACAGGGCCUUGUCCCACUCUGAGCUUGCUCAUCUCAGAGCCUCUCUGGUGCCCUUGGAACACUGCAUAACUCGUUUCUUUGAAGAGUGUGAUGCGGACCAGGAUAAGCACAUCUCCCUGAGGGAGUGGGGUCAGUGCUUUGGCAUUAAGGAAGAGGAUGUAGAUGAGAACCUCUUAAUUUGAGCCACGGUUUGAAAGUCAAGUGCCUUCCACCUCACGGUGCACCGCUUUAUAUACCUACCAAACUAUGUAACUAGUAGAUGAAUGCCUUUGCGCAGAAAGCUGUAUAAUAAGUUGUAAUGGCAUGAGAAAGAUUUUGAAGUAACCCAUGCAGUAAGUACAGGGAAGCAAAAUGUCCCUCAAGAAAAGCAAAUAUAAACAAAUUAUAUUAGAGGUUUCCCAGUUUACCUGAAGGGCCAGUUAGUAGGGAACAGAAAUGGGCCAUCAUUCAUAUUUAUUGAGAACUUUCUUUAUGCAGAGCACUGUAUUAAGCACUUGGAUGAGUACAGUAUAACAGUUGGUAGACAAGUUCCCCACCCACAACGAUCUCACAAUCUAGAGGAGGAUAUAACGCUGCCUCCAGUAGCAUCAACCUUUAUCUUUGUUGUUAAUUACGUUCUGUCUGUCAACAGUAUUUGUUGUACGACUACAGCGUGCCACCUAUUACAAUUAAUUGUAAUACUAAUUAAGGUGUAAUUACUAAUACAAUUAAUUGAAAGGCAACGGAGCAUCCCGUUCGAAUGUAAGUUCCUUGAGGCCAGUAUUUUGUCUUCUAUUGCUUCUUCCCCGAACACCAAGUACCCCGCUUUGCAUAGUCAGGGCUCAAUAAAUGAUGAUGAUGACGAUGAAGAUGAUGAAGGUAAUGGUGGUUGUUGCUGUGGCUUUUGUCCUAUUUUCUCUCCUCUCCUUCCCUGGUGGCUCCUGCUCUUCCCUAUCCCAGCCAACUUCUUAGCAGUCAGAAGGCUGCAGAGCCUAAAAUUCACCCUGUGUUUGGCUCCCACUGCAGACCUUGUUCGAUAAGCAGCGGGGUAAGUGGCAGGCUCAGGCGGUAUCCGCUUUGGACCUGUUCACCGUGUCUGGGUGAGUCAACUUACUACCACCUUAUUGUUGCCCUCACCCUUCUUUCUCUCUUUCGCGGGGGCCCCAUGGCAGACAUAAGGCCCUGGGACCCUAGAUUCCCCCGUCUCCCUGGUUACCAACCAGCCAUCCACCCAAUUUCAUUCAUUCAUUCAUUCAAUCAUAUUUAUUGAGUGCUUACUAUGUGCAGAGCACUGUACUAAAAUUUCUGUACAUGUACUCAACACAGCAUGACUUGGCUGUGUUUCUAAGGUGCAGCUUUGGCAAUAAGGAAGAGAACAAGAUAGUGCUGGACACGUUGGAAAGUCAUGCUGUGCCUCCUUAGUAUGGCAUGGGAUUAAGCGGCAAACUUGUCCACUUCAGCCCAAAGAAAGUAAGUUUAGAGAAUUCACGUGAUUUUUAAAAAUACCAUUUGUUAUUGAGCAUUGUUGCCAUAUUUUUAGAUUGCUAGUCGAUUAUUCACUGCCUGACUUGCAUGUCCUGUUCACGCACCUCUAAGAAAGAAAAGAAGUUAUCUGCCGCAAUCCGGAGGAGGCAUAUUUAAUGAGGAUACCUUGGGUUUGGCCUGCAUUUUUGCAUCUGUAAUUCCACUCUCUUCAGUAGUAUAUGUAAUUUUAGAAAAUGAAUUAUGCAAGGUAUUAAAAUGUGUCUUGUUCCACAUUA